UUUCGCCUGUAGGGUUCACGUACGCCGCAUGCAGGCAUGCAGGCAUGCGAGGGCACACCAGCCAAAAUGUUUCGGCCUCGUGGAUUUCCGGGGUGUAUAUUUAGUUUUGUGCAACGAGGAUCAUAUGGCCUAACCACGGGCAUUCCCCAGCCAGCCACAGGAGCCCCCGAAACAUCCGGCAAAGAAGGCCGGCCGGCGCUCGGUUUCGCGCAACGCAGCUUCACCGCCCGUCGUCCCAUGGCCGCCGACGGGGACCCAGCCGCGGGCGCCGGCCCCGACGUGGAGGCGCACGCGCUGCUCCGCGCGUCUUCCUCCUCCUCCGACGAGGACCCCGAGCAGUGCGCCUUCGAGCCGGCCGAGAAGAUCGUCGUGUCCAUCGCCGCCGACCCCGACGCCGACGAGGAGGACCUCUUCUCCGCCACCGGCCGCGCGCCGCCCUUCUCGUGGCGCAAGCUCUGGCUCUUCACGGGGCCUGGGUUCCUGAUGAGCAUCGCCUUCCUCGACCCGGGCAACCUCGAGGGCGACCUCCAGGCCGGCGCCACCGCCGGCGACACGCUGCUCUGGCUGCUUCUCUGGGCCACGGCCAUGGGGCUGCUCGUCCAGCUGCUCGCCGCGCGCCUCGGGGUGGCCACCGGGAAGAACCUCGCCGAGCUCUGCCGCGACGAGUACCCGGACUGGGUGCGCCGCGCGCUCUGGCUCAUGGCCGAAGUCUCCAUGGUCAGUGCCGACAUCCAGGAGGUCAUCGGGAGCGCCAUUGCCAUCAAGAUCCUCAGCCGCGGGUUCCUGCCCAUUUGGGCCGGCGUUGUCAUCACCGCAUUGGACUGCUUUAUUUUUCUUUCCAUUGAGAACUACGGAGUGAGGAAAUUGGAGGCUCUAUUUGCAGUUCUGAUUGCAAUAAUGGCCUGGUCCUUCGCAUGGAUGUUUAUAGAAACCAAACCCAAUGGGAAAGACCUAAUUGUUGGUCUUCUGGUUCCUAAGCUGAGCUCAAGAACACUAAGGCAAGCAGUUGGGAUCGUCGGAUGUGUCAUCACCCCCCACAAUGUGUUCCUCCAUUCUGCUCUUGUCCAAUCGAGAAAAGUAGACCAGAACAAGGAAUACCAAGUCCGGGAAGCGCUGAGGUACUACAGCAUCGAAUCAACCAUGGCGUUGGUGGUGCCCUUCAUGAUAAACUUAUUUGUCACGACGGUUUUCGCAAAAGGGUUUUACGGCACCGAAGAAGCGCGCACAAUCGGGCUCGAAAACGCCGGACAGUAUCUCCAGGAAAAGUUUGGGGGAGAUUAUUUCCCCAUCCUCUCCAUUUGGGGGGUCGGCCUGUUGGCCGCCGGCACGAGCAGCACCAUAACCGGAACCUAUGCCGGACAGUUUAUAAUGGAUGGGUUUCUCAACUGGCGACUGAAGAAAUGGAUGAGGGCGAUGAUCACCCGAAGCUUUGCGAUCGUGCCGACGAUCGUUGUUGCCCUGUACUUCAACGCGUCGGAAUCUGCGCUGGAUGUUCUGAACGAGUGGCUCAACGUGCUCCAGUCAGUUCAGAUCCCUUUCUCGCUCAUACCGCUGAUAACAUUGGUGUCCAAGGAGCAGGUCAUGGGGGUGUUCAAGAUAGGUCUAACAACACAGAUUGUGACCUGGACGGUUGCGUCGUUGCCAAUCCUGAUCAACGGCUAUCUCUUGUUGGAUUUCUUCUCGUCGGAAAUUAGGGGCGCGGUAUCUGGCUCGUUUCUCUGCGUGGCUGUGGUUGCUUAUGCCGCGUUCCUACUCUAUCUUAUCCUCCGGUGCACGGAGCUGCCUAACCAUGUAUUUACACCAGUAAAAAACAAGGAUGCUAGCUUCACAUGACGAAGAACAGGGUGUGUAUAGUAUAGCCAGUUUUGUUCUACCAUAGGUCCAUAGCUUAAUAGCAUAGUAUAGAGGAUUCCUGGUGCGCAUUGGGAGUAUAGUCAGUAUACAGGAGUCAGAUCCGAUCGAGAUUUGAGAUAUCACAUUGUAGAUUGCACAGAGGAAUUAAGGAUGGCGCGUUCUUCUGUUGAGAAGAACAGUAACUGCCCACUGUUGAGAUGGACAUGUGUUGUUGUGUCUUGUAAUUCGGUAGUUUGUUCUGCGACUUGACAAACAGUGCAAAAGAAACACAGGAGUGGAGCAAGGCAUUCUAUCUGGCUGUGUAGACUGAUCACCCAACGUAGUUAACCACCCGGUAUAGAAAUUGCAGUG